GGUGACUGCGCGGCCCUCCUCGCUCGCUGCCUCCCUCCCUCCCUCUCUCUCUCCCUCCGCGCGUACCGGAGUAGGCCUCUUUAGUUUGUUGCCCGGUGACUCCAGGGAGCGUUAGGGCCGCUCCAGAAGCGGAGACGGCGGGGCUAGAGCCCACCACCAGGCCGCCGCCGCCAAGAUGCCGCUGCUUUUCCUGGAGCGCUUCCCUUGGCCCAGCUUGCGCACUUACACGGCGCUCAGCGCCCUGGCCUUGCUGGGCAGCGGCCUCAGCGCCUACCGCGCCCUCAGCCAGGCCGCUGCCGAGAACCCUGGAGACCCGGAGACGCCGGAGACGCCGCCGCCACCACAGGAUCGGCUCGGGCCGGCCGCCCUGGACGUCGCCUAUUACUUGCUCUCCGACAGCCUCUGCGUCUGGGUAUUGGUGAAUACUGCCUGUUGUAUUCUAAUGCUGAUUGCUAAAUUAAUACAGGGUGUGGUGUUUGGUCCUCUCCGUGUUAGUGAAAGACAGCAUCUCAAGGAUAAAUUUUGGAACUUCAUCUUCUACAAGUUUAUCUUUAUUUUUGGCGUGCUAAACGUCCAGACGGUAGAAGAAGUGGUCAUGUGGUGCCUUUGGUUCUCUGGGCUUGUGUUUUUACAUCUCAUGGUCCAGCUCUGCAAGGACAGGUUUGAAUAUCUCUCUUUUUCUCCCACUACACCAAUGAACAGCCACGUCAGAGUCCUGACCCUUCUAGUGGCUAUGCUGCUUUCCUGCUGUGGCCUAGCAGUUGUGUGUGGCAUUAUUGGCUAUACCCACGGAAUGCACACCUUAUCUUUCAUGGCAGCAGAGUCCCUCCUUGUCACCGUGAGAACUGUGCAUGUGAUUUUACGUUAUGUCAUUCAUCUCUGGGAUCUUAACCAUGAAGGAACCUGGGAAAGCAAGGGAACGUAUGUCUAUUAUACAGAUUUCAUCAUGGAGUUAACACUUCUGUCACUGGAUCUGAUGCAUCACAUUCACAUGCUGCUAUUUGGCAAUAUCUGGUUGUCGAUGGCCAGCUUGGUGAUAUUUAUGCAGCUGCGUUACCUGUUCCAUGAAGUUCAGCGUAGACUUCGCCGCCACAAGAACUAUCUCCGUGUGGUUGGAAACAUGGAAGCAAGGUUUGCAGUGGCAACUCCCGAGGAGCUGGCCGCCAACAAUGACGACUGUGCCAUCUGCUGGGAUUCGAUGCAGGCUGCGCGGAAACUCCCUUGCGGGCAUCUCUUCCAUAACUCAUGCCUGCGCUCCUGGCUUGAACAAGACACUUCCUGCCCUACCUGCAGAAUGUCUCUGAAUAUCACGGACAGCCAUCGCGCUAGGGAGGAUCACCAAAGGGAGAACCUGGAUGAAAACUUGGCUCCCGUGGCAGUAGUUGAAGGCAGACCUCACCUGAACCAGCACAAUCACUUCUUUCACUUUGAUGGAUCCCGCAUUGCUAGCUGGCUGCCCAGCUUUUCAGUGGAGGUGAUGCAUACCACCAAUAUCCUUGGUAUUGCGCAGGCAAGCAACUCCCAGCUCAACGCCAUGGCACAUCAGAUUCAAGAGAUGUUCCCCCAGGUGCCCUACCACCUCAUUCUGCAGGAUCUGCAGCUGACCCGCUCGGUAGAAAUAACAACGGACAACAUUUUGGAGGGGCGUAUCCAGGUGCCUUUCCCAACACAGCGCUCAGAUAGCAUCAGACCUGCGUUGAACAGUCCUCUAGAAAGGCACACCACUGAUCAAGAGGAUGCUGAAGAGGUCACUCAGGCCGAGAGAGUCCCACUGGAGCUCAACGCAAGGCUGGAAGAGAUGACAGAGUUUAAUGAGACAGAAGCAGAGUCCAUGGAGACCGAGAACUUUGAAGUGAGAGGGAGUCGGUUUUCCAAGUCAGCCGAUGAAAGGCAGCGGAUGUUAGUACAAAGGAAGGAAGACCUGUUGCAACAAGCUCGCAGGCGUUACCUCACCAAAAUGCCCGAUGACACCGCCUCAGACCUCCCCUUGCAGGCCGAAGGAACGACCUCUGACUCCAUCACCUUGCGUCGCAGAAUGUUGGCGGCUGCAGCAGAGCGAAGGCUUCAGAAGCAGCACCCGUCUUAACGCUUUCCGGCUCCUCCUGUUCCUUUCCCUUUACGCCAUUCUGCGCGCUCCCUGUCAGUGAGGAGGAUGUGUUCAGAGCUCAGCAAGCUGUGCUGAGCACCAGUGAGCUGGCUGCAUCUUCACUGUAUAAAGCAUGUGAUAUCUAAUAAGUGUUUGGACAGCUGACAAAUUAACCUUCCUUGGGUAUUUUUUUUUAUUUUAUUUAAGUGACACACAUUUCCCCCCUUUGCAAACCAAAAACGCAGCCUUUAAAGCUGUAGGCCUGGUCUGCUGCUUAAUGUGAAUUGCAGGGGACAGUGGCUGGCAAGGGCCAUGUCCAGUCACUGCCCUGAUGCAGUGAGCUUGCCGGUCUGUCCCAUUUAAGUCCUCCCCCCCUGCCCAGAGGAAACAGAGUAGGUGAGAAAUGAAGGGUGGCCUUGACAAAACCACUCUCCUACGUAAGCAGACGUUGGGGCAAACAAUUACACGGUUCAAGAAUAAGUGUUCCAAUGUUGCAUAGGCGUUUUCUAGAAAAGUGGCAUUGGAGUGUGGGAGUGGAGUGUGCCAAGAGGAGGAGAUGUCUUCGCGUGAAAGACGUGAAAGCUUAGAGUGGCGCUAAGCCCGGUGGCAUCUCUCUGUGGCCCCAGCAUGGACAGCUUGAACAUUCUUGGGUUCUUCCUGCCAGGAGGCUGGCUGGUUGGUUUUUUCUAUGCAUUUCAUUGCCAGCAAUAGAUAUGUGGCGAAGGGGAGGAAAUGGGAAUAAAGGGCAACCAGCCCGGCUAUAUUAGACUUCUUAAUUCAAUGUUUCAGUAAGCAGGUACAGCGACGAGAGGGUUGACGUUUGAUCUUGGAGGCAGCCUCCAGGGAAGGCUCCAUUGUGGAGCGGGAGUUGGCCGUUAUUGAAGAGAGACAGGCAGCAUGCAAAAGGAUAUUUUUAUAAUCUUACAUUUUGCAAUAACGUGUCUGCCCGUUAUCCUAGUCAGAUAUACAAGAUUUAAGAUAACUGAGGGCUACCGACAUCUUAUGCGUGGUCAAACUUUUCUUGAGUAUUGCAAAACUCUGGUAGACGUGUUGGUCUUAGGAUGCAUACAUGAGUUUUAUGAUGGCAGCCUGGUAAUUUUUAAGUGUUUGAGGCGUAUCAUUGUCCUUCAGAAGGUACCCAGUAUUAAAAAAUAUAUAUAUUGGAAAUUGUCUUUUUACUGCAGGUUUUUAGGAUCUUUGAAAGUCAAUAUAAGAAAACGAUGAAUUGUAUGUUUAACUGAAGAUAACUUAUUUCGAUAAACCCCUUUGGAAAGCCUUACCUUGCAAUGCUGUUAGUAAACUUUUUGGGGGACACACACUCUUUUUUGUGAUUCAGUUUUGCUCAGAGCACAGCUCUUUGUUUUUAUUGUUUUAAAAAAGGAAAUAAAAUUCUUGAUCAGUGUUGGAAA